AUGGAGAUGGGCCGAUCGGGAAAUGGUGGCGGCAGGGUGGUCACCUUCGACGACGCCAUCAGCGGGAGGCGCCGGAACGGCAGCAGCUCCUUGUCGUCGUACCUUGACAUGGGCCGGGACGCCGACGGUGGCCGCGCGACGCCGCGGCCGUUGCCGGCGCAUGCCAUGGCGAGCCGUCGGCACACGUACGCCGACGGCGAGCUCGACGUGUUCGCCGCCGAGCGCUACUUCAGAGGCGCAAUGGACGGCGACGGGGACCGCAAGGAAGGUUUCAGUGUCACCACCCCCGCGGUAGCGGUGCAGGUGCAGCAGGCCUUGGUGGAGACGGCCGCUGCGAGGCCGGCGGCGGAUCCGGAGGCCGUGGUAUUGGCUAAGCCGUCCUCGACGCGCGCGUCGACGGUGAGCUUCACCGCGAGCUCGGCGUCCAGCGCCAACAGCCAGACGGCGCUCUUCCGGGGCGGGCUCCAUCGACGGCGGAGCUCCCGCGACAACAGGUGCUGCGUCCAGGUCGGUGUGCUCAUGCGCACGUGCUCCGGGAAGCGGUCGGUGCGCGUGGACGACGGCUGCGCGGCCAAGGAAGCCCCCGACGCCGCCGAGCCGGCGGCGGCGACCGGGAUGGACUGGUACAGAGAGCUGAGGAUGCACAAGGCCGCCCUCGGGCUCUCCGGGGAUGGCAAUACCAAUGGCCAUGGCUUGGUGGCCGCCGGUCUCCCGCCAAGCUUGAAUCUUGGGACGGCGAAAGUGGCAGCCAUCGGGAGGCAGGUGACGACAGGAGAGGAGAAGGAGGCCGCUGAGCUCACCUUCUCAAGUUCUACGAGUAGGAGAAGCAACUUUACUCUUGUGGCUCCGGUCAGAGCCAACGUGCCGGCGAGCGGCGGCCGCGUCGGCGAGCCAGGUGGCGGAGCAGGUAAAGUUGGCCGUGGCGGUGGCGGUGGCGCGCACCAUCUCCACGACAACGACGACGACGACGACGCCGGGAGCGAGUCGAGCUCCGACCUGUUCGAGAUCAAGAGCCUGAUGAUCGGCGACUGCCCCCCACGAGCCGAGCGAGGCGAGCAUCCAGUGGAGCGUGGUGACCGCGGACGCAUCGGAGCGCGGCGACCGCGUCCCCGCCAGAUGGGUCGGCGGCGGCGCGAGGGGUCCUUCUGUCGCCGGAAGGCAGCUGCGGGGGCACCGGCCGGCCGGGAUUCUGGCGGGGUGCGCCAGCCACAGGGCCGUCGACGUGUCGGUGGCGACGACAAAGGCCGUGCCAAAUGCGUCCGCCGCCGUGGUGGCGAUGCAGCAGCGGCGCAGUGA